AUGCUAAAGUUUAUGAACUCACGUAACAAUAACGAUGAUGUCUAUGUGCCAUCUUCGAAGAAAUCAAAGGCAGUUGUUGCUGGUGAAGUAAAUCCCAAUACUACAUCAGCCUAUGAUGGUUUCGACUAUUCCCAACUAAUGUUGAGAGAAAACUAUUCGGAACAAAAAGCAAAUUCUGAGGCAUUGUAUGAUUUUCCAAUGUUGGGUGAUGGAUCAUAUAAAAUUAAACUAAUUGCUGAAGGUAGUUCAUUAGGGAUUAGAAAUGUAACCUUUUCUUAUGGAUAUUUUCAGUUUGAACAAUCGGAAAACAAACCAGUUUGGAUAUCUAUAUCUCAGGAAAAGGUUUCGAAUAGUGGAGGUUUCUUAUUCGAAUACAAAAUCGAUACAUUGAAGGAAAAGGUUGAAUUGUUUGAUAAUGCACAUACUCUAGAUGUUUUAAAUACAUCGUUUUACAUUCGUGUUGUAGUUGAGUGCUCGGAAAAGUCAUCCUAUGAUAUUGAAAUAUGCCAAAAGGAAACCAUUAGUUUAAAUGAAAAUAUUUUCAAAAAUCAAUCUGGAAAACGUUGUCUGAACUAUAGAUUUCUUGGAUACGGAGAAGAUGAUUUACAAAUUGAUGAUGGAACCUAUGUAUCAAAACGAUUUCUAGAUACGACCAUUGAAUUGAAUUUAGAACCUGGUUCUUACUUUUGUAUGGUAAAGAAGAAUGAUACGAAUAUAUCAUUGGGUAAUGAUGUGGAUUUCUCCAUAUGGUGUUCUGUUCAUUUGGUGAGUAAUAUUGAUUUACUUAUUGAAUGUUUACAUGAUAAUGAUUGA